AUAAAAAGCAGUACUCUCGAAAAUGUUCAGCUUCGCCCGUCCGUCAUUUUUCACAUGAAGACUGGAGCGACUCCACACACACACACACACUCACUCACUCACUCACUCACACACACACAGACACACACACACACACCAUGAGGCUGGUUCUUCCAAACCCCGGGCUGGAGGAGAGGAUCCCCUCUCACGAGGACCUGGAGAGGUUGGAGGAGGUUGAGGUAGGGGACCGGCCCAAAUGGGACAACAAAACCCAGUACCUGCUCACCUGCGUGGGCUUCUGUGUGGGUCUUGGCAACGUGUGGAGGUUCCCGUACCUGUGCCAGAGCCACGGAGGAGGCGCUUUCAUGAUCCCUUUCCUCAUCCUGCUCGUCUUCGAGGGCAUUCCCCUGCUGUACCUGGAGUUCGCCAUCGGCCAACGCCUCAGAAGAGGCAGCGUGGGGGUUUGGUCGGCCAUCCACCCCUACUUGACUGGAGUCGGCAUUGCGUCCAUGACGGUGUCGUUCUUAGUGGGCAUGUACUACAACACCAUCAUGGCCUGGGUGAUGUGGUACUUCUUCAACUCUUUCCAGAGCCCGUUGCCAUGGAGCCAGUGUCCUCUCAAUGCCAAUCUCACAGAUCUGGUGUCAGAAUGCAAACGCAGCUCUCCCGUGGACUACUUCUGGUACAGAGAGACGUUGAACACCUCGGAGGCCAUAGAGGAGGCCGGGGGUCUGCAGUGGUGGAUGGUGCUGUGUUUGGCUGCUGCCUGGAGCGUGCUCUACAUCUGCUGCAUCAGAGGGAUCGAGACCACAGGCAAGGCCGUGUACAUCACCUCCACUCUGCCGUACGUGGUCCUCACCAUCUUCCUCAUCAGAGGGCUGACUCUGAAAGGAUCCGUGGAUGGAAUCAAGUUCCUCUUCACGCCAGACCUGGACGAGUUGGUGAACCCGUCAACGUGGUUGGAUGCCGGAGCUCAAGUGUUCUACUCCUUCUCCCUGGCCUUCGGGGGUCUCAUCUCGUUCUCCAGCUACAACCCUAUUCACAACAACUGUGAGCUAGAUGCCGUCAUCAUCUCCAUUAUUAACGGCUGUACUUCUAUCUAUGCCGCCACUGUCGUCUACUCGAUCAUCGGCUUCCGGGCUACGGAGCAGUUCGACGCCUGCCUUAAUGAAAACAUCUUGAUGCUGCUGAACGCAUUCGAUCUGACCGAGGGAGCCAUCACAGAGGUCAACUAUGACGAAAUGCUGCGCCAGCUCAACGGCACAAUCCCAGGGUCGGAGGUCAUUCGGGGCCUGGACCUCAGCACCUGCAGCCUCAGGGAGUUCCUCAGUGACGGAGUGGAGGGAACCGGUCUGGCGUUUAUUGUGUUCACUGAGGCCAUCACAAAGAUGCCUGUUUCUCCUCUCUGGUCCGUCCUUUUUUUCAUCAUGCUCUUCUGUCUCGGGCUUUCCACCAUGUUUGGGAGCAUAGAGGGAGUCGUGGUUCCCUUGCAGGACCUCAAUAUCUUUCCCAAGAAGUGUCCAAAAGAGGUGCUCACAGGCAUUGUGUGCCUCUCAUCCUUCUCGGUCGCCCUCAUCUUCGCCCUGCGCUCCGGUAAUUACUGGUUGGCCCUCUUCGACGGCUACGCGGGCUCCAUCCCUCUGCUGAUCAUUGCUUUCUGCGAGAUGGUUGGCGUGGUCUACCUGUACGGAAUAGAUAGAUUUAACAAAGACAUCGAGUUCAUGAUUGGACACAAACCCAACAUCUUCUGGCAGGCCACGUGGAGAGUGAUCAGCCCUUUGGUGGUCUUGGUCAUCUUUGUGUUUUACUUCGUUACCAAAGUCAGUGCCACGCUGACAUACAUCACGUGGAAUCCAAGCUCGGAUAACUUCCCGGUUUUGGAGACAGUAGAAUAUCCCAGCUGGAUCAGCGUUAUCAUCUUCCUCUUGGCGGGACUUCCUAGUCUUUUUAUCCCGGGAUAUGCUUUGUGCAAGUUACUCAAGAGAUGCUGCUGCAAGAAACAAGUAGAUAAGCGUGAGGUCAACACGGUAUCUGCCAAUGUCAACAUGUAUGAAACUCAGUAGAAAUACACUGUUAUAAAUACACUGAAUACACUGAAAUAUUACACUGUUUGUUGAACAUUUCAAAUUUGAUGUUUAAUAUAAGUUUAUUUAUUCCACAGCAGGUUAUGCUUUACUUUCUUAAUAUUUGGUUUGUUAUCGUGAUUUUAUGAAGAAAUCUGAAUAAACGUAUUGAAAUAUUCAACAAUGAUUUUUUUUAAUCAUAUAAGCCAAAGGUUUAGGGACAGAUCUAAUGUACCUGUUUUUUUCCUAAUUGCAUUCCAUUUGAGGUUUUUCACAUAAUGUUGUCAAACUAUAAUUGUUUUUGUGUUGUGAUGAAAUGACACGUGACAGUGGUGGAAAUCCAUUAGGAUAUAAUCGAAACAAUAAAUAGCACUGAGGGACGAUCAUUUAAACAAAAUGACACAGUUUGGUGCUGUUCCACUGAUAUCAAAGUUUAACUUUCAUAGUGUCCGAAUGAGCUGAAAACACUGCAACAUUAGAACUGAACAAAAAUAAAUAAAGAAAAUAUCUUUGAGU